AUGGCCUGGUCAUUGUUUGAUGGGAUCAUCACCUUGGGGAGAGGAACUACGGGCUCCUCUGCCGUACGUGGCGAUAAGUCGUCUAUCCACUCUGUCGAAGCGUCGGCCGGUGAAGUGCUCUGCGCCGGAGCAUUGGCAGCUGUGUGCUGGGCGGCGUGGAGGUACUUCCAGUACAGUAGAUGCCUGCGCACCUACGGCCGGGACGUGACGGCCUUGGCCGGCAAGGCUGAUCCCGUGAUUGGGCGUGAUGAUGAGAUUGAUCGUCUCAUACGCAUCCUCUGUCGCCGGACUAAGAACUGCGCCGCGCUUGUGGGCGCCGCCGGGGUCGGCAAGACAGCCAUCGUUGAGGGCCUCGCCCAACGCAUCGUCGCCGGGAAGGUCCCAUCCAAACUCGCCGGAGCGCGUGUCAUUGAGCUCAACCUCGCGGCGAUCGUGGCUGGUACAACGUAUGUUGGCAUGUUCGAGGAGCGUAUGACGGACUUUGUCAAGAAGGUGGAGGCUGCACGCGGCAAGGUCAAAUUUGUCGAUUUUGCCAUCGAGAAGGAUCCUGCACUCAAGCGGCGGUUUCAAAAGGUGCAUGUUAAGGAGCCCAACACGCAUUCCACCAUUGCCAUCCUCCAGGGGCUUAAACCCCGGUACGAAAAGCAUUAUGGCUUGGAAAUUCGUGAUGCUACCAUCGAUGCUGCUGUACACCUCGCUGACCGCUAUAUUUCAGGUCGUCGGUUUCCUGAUAAGGCAAUUGAUCUCAUUGACGAGGCUUGCACGACAAUAGAGCUAGGAAGAGGAAAUUCAGUUGUUGUGCCGGAUCAUAUUGCACAGGUUGUGAGCGGAUGGACUGGAAUUCCUAUAACCACGCUUAAUGAAGAGGAGAGUAUCAAGUUAAUCCACUUAGCCGAUAGAUUGCAUGAGAGGGUUGUUGGGCAGAAUGAGGCCGUCAAUUUAGUUGCAGAAGCAGUGUUGCGUUCAAGGGUUGGCCUUCACCAAGCUGGCCAACCGAUAGGCUCCUUCCUUUUUUUGGGCACAACAGGUGUUGGAAAAACAGAGCUUGCAAAAGCUCUCGCCGAACAACUAUUUGGUAGUGAGAAGAUGAUGCUUCGCUUUGAUAUGUCUGAGUAUGUUUGUCCCGAAUCCGUGCUACGUCUCGUUGGAGCACCCCCAAGCAAUCAUGGUUAUGAAGAUGGUGGACAACUGACCGAGAAAGUUAGGAGGCGCCCAUACAGUGUUAUCCUUUUUGAUGAGGUGGAGAAGGCAUAUCCGUCAGUGUUGAAUGUUUUUCUUCAGCUCCUUGACGAUGGUGUGCUGACUGAUGGUAAAGGACACAAUGUAGAUUUCAAGAAUACAAUUAUCAUUAUGACCUCAAAUGUUGGGGCAGAGCACCUAAAUGUAGGAGUGGCUGGAGAAAAGACAACGACUGCUUCGCGAAACCUUCUCAUGAAACAGGUUAAAAAAUGCUUCAAGCCUGAAUUUCUCAGUAGAUUAACUGGCAAGGGCAUAUCUGUUGUUAUAGAUGAUGCCGUGUUGGAUGUCAUUUUGUCGGAAUCACACGACCCGGCGUACGGUGCAAGGCCCAUAAAAAGGUGGAUAGAAAAGAACAUAAUGACAAUUAUCUCCAAGAUGCUGGUCAACGCAGAAGCCACUGAAGGAUCAACAAUCUCCAUUGAUUCUACCAGCGACAAGAAAGGGUUGAAAUACGAAUUGGCACAGAAGAAAAAUGUGACGGAUUACUGA